ACAUUUUGUAUUUUUGUUGACACUUGAGUUGGGUGACAACUGAAAAGAAGCCUUGGAAAGUCUCAACUUUCCCCUUGUUUUUGCCACAAUUCGAGCUGAUCGUACAUAUACAAGUUUUGAUCAUUACUUCGCAUCAAAUUCAGUAUGAAUUUGUGGCUUAUUUUGGCACUUCUGGCUCUGGUUCCAUUACAUGGCUAUGUUCAUGCAAUAAACAGCUCAAACCCAGAAUGCAAGGAUUUACAGAAGCUGCGGAAGACGCUGUCCGGCAAAAUCCCUUCCCUUAUCGGAAAGGUGGACUGCAUACCCAACAGCAAUUGUACAGGUGUGGUAUGCAAAGGUAAAGUCAUGGGAAAGUCUUUUAGUGGGAUAUCCAUCGUCCUAGAAGGCUGCAAAGAGCCGGUCAGAAUGGUCGUUCAUGCGAAUAAAAAACGUAUGAUUAUCACAGAUAACUUCCACAGAAAGUUAACGUCGAAACUUGACGUAACCGUUGGUCUGCAAAAGAAAUAUCCAAACACUGUUUUGCUUACGGUCACAGCAAGAUUGUGUACCAUCGUGAAAUGUUUUCAUUACAAAAUCCUCAAUAAGCAAGCGAUAAGGGUUCGUUGCAAUGAUUCCGCUCUGCCCUCAGCGCAACGCUCGCAUGAUGCACCUCUCCCUUCAAAGAGUCCGGAAUGUAAAGGCUUAGAGAAAACAAAAACUCAAGUAGAAAAUAAUUUUGGAUUGAUCAAGCCAUUAUUUAGGGACGCAAAGAUAUCUUGUAAAACCGCAAACAACUGUUCUGACCUCAAAUGUUUCGGAGUGGUGAAUCACAAUCGCUUCAAUGCCACAGCGACUGUUAAGUACUGCUCCAAUCCAGUGAAACUCAGACUGGUGGCUGAUGUUUCUAAUCAUGCCUCUGGUAAAGUACGACAUAUCGACCACACUUUUGAGGAUGGACAAAGUUAUAAUGUAAUAAAAAUCUUACCAGUUGGAGUGGAUUUAAAGCGCGUGGGGAACUCCGUCUAUCUUUCAGUCUACGUAACGGUUAUUUUUAAAAAAGUAUAUCUCGUGAAAAACGUAAGCAUUGCGAUUGAUCCUUCACAUUGUCCCGGCCACCACGAUUUAGUUCCUCCAAUAGUAGCUCCUUCGCGUCAUUCAUCCCAUUCUACAGGUAAAUCCUUAUCGUCCGGAGCAAUUGCUGGCGUCGUGAUCGCAGUUAUAGUUUUCUUCGUCCUCCUGAUCGGCGUGAUUAUCUGGAUUGUGCGUGGCAAACGGAAAAAGGUUGCCCGUUACAAUGACCUGGCAAUGAAUGACGACACUGAUCCUAUCUACUUUGAUUCAGAUCCGAUUGCGUAAUUUUAUUACUUCAAAUAUCUGGAACGCUACCUUUAUAGAAAAUAUUGAUAUUGCUGUUCGUUUAAAGUUUUCUUAGCCUCUUUAGCCUUAGCCCCUCACUGACUUUCGGUGAGUACUAAUGGUGCAGAGUGUUGAUACUUGAAAAUGUUUUCAUUUCAGUGUCCAAACUGCAAAGUUUGAUUACGAAAUGUUGUAAAAUGAAGGAAAUAUAGUCUAAUUGCUUUUUUGGUAUUACGCGUGGAAGUUGUUACCACGUUUGGACCAAAACGUACGGGCGCAACGCGUACGUUUUCAACAUUUGAAAGGCUAUACUUGUUUACCACCGCAUUUUAAAACAUUUCGAAAUCAAAGCUUGCACUUUUUUGGAAAAGCUCUAUUCCCAAAAUGUGGUCUUUUUUACAGGGUUGGUAGAUUUCUAAAUAA